AUGACGUGCUGCUGUCCUUGCGUUACGUUUGGUCAGAAUGCUGAAGUCAUAGACAAAGGGAAUACAUCCUGUGCAUGCGCUGGGAUAACAGUGUAUUGUUUGGCACAUAUAGGAUGUGCUUGCUUGUAUACCUUCACAUACAGAGGCAAACUGAGAGGCCUUUUUACUUACUUACCAGAACGGCCUUGCUAUGACUUCUGCGUUCACUGCUUCUGCAAUUAUUGUGCCAUUUGUCAAGAGUAUCGAGAGCUCAAAAACCGCGGAUUUGACCCCUCUCUAGGUUGGAGUGGGAACGAGCAAAAGAUGAACAAAGCGACACUAGUGCCUCCAAACGUUGCAAAAGGCAUGGCACGCUAG